GUGGAGCAAGCUAUAGUGACUUUCCCCAGCAAACCUGACCACCCUGGCCUCUUAGCUGUGUUUUCACUCCCAGAACGCUCAGCCUCACAGUCUCCUGCCCUUUUCCCAUAGCUGACUGCUGCAUAUUGCAGGCAGUAAUGAGUCUGGUUGUAGGUGAGCAAAGUACUUCCAGGAAGGCCCUGGGGGCUGUUAGGUCACUGUAGUGACCCCUAUUUGUGUACCCUUUGUGCUUCCUGAGGACUUCUGUCUUCAGGGAUGGGUCCAGUGAGUCUGAGACGCCACCUCACAGGAGCAGUGUAAUGGGAGCAGGAAGCCCAGGCACCCGAGCUCCCAAUAAUAAGGACAGCCUAGACCUUUGGGAGUAACUACCUAGGCCAAAUAAAAUCUGGGCCUCUAGCCUUUUGGGAGUCAUGGACUGUUCUGAUAAUCUGACAACUCUUUUUCAGAGAAAGAUUUGUGAAUACAAAUAGUGGUACUUUGUAUAUAUUUGGUGAACAUAUUUAGGGGCUUUUCUGAUCCCUGGAAUUCCAUCCGUAGAUCAACUGAGGUGCCCUGGACAGGAUGGACUUCUAGGGCAGUGGUGCAGCCAUGGGUUUGCCUUGCCAGGCCAGCGUGAUGAGGGAGCCACGACAGGGACCCAGCUGCCCCUGGGGGUGGGGUCAGUGAGGAGGUACCUUAGCUUCUCAAUCCAUCCCAUUUCACUCAGCCCCUCCCGUUUUCCCCCUGCCAACCUGCUCCUAGGUCUUUUGGGGUGUUAAUUUGUGAUUUUUGAGUUGAAUUACAAUAUAAGUAAAAUGUACUUUGGUGUUUAAGGAAAAACAAUGCUGAGGUAAGACUUGCUACUUGAGGAUGCCAUAAAAAUGUCAAGAAUUUAACUGCAGUUUAUCUGGAUUCUUCCCUACCUUCCUCCCUUUUCUGUCCCUUUCUCUCCCCCACUCCGCACCCCCCACCUUUGUUCAUCACACAUUGAGUUGAGCUAACAGAGGAAAUGGGUCCCAUCUUUUCCUCUUUGUGUCAAACAUCUUUACCCUGGAGAAACAGACCUUCAAGUCUCUUUUCUUCAAGUAGAAUUUUAGUCUUACUUUACCAGUCUUAUCAUUUGAGCCUUAUUCUUUUAUCCAAAAAAUGUUUAAAUUCAUACUGUGUGCUAAGAAUUAUAGGCAUGGAAGUAGGAGAAGUGAGUUGGAAAUCAGACAUACUUCUGACAGUCUGGCGCAGUAGGGGUGGUCUGGUGUGACAAGGUCAGUGAUGAAGUAGAAGGGAACGCAGGUGCUCAGGAGGGGAUAGAAGAGGGACACCUGAGUCACAGCUCUGUGUAAGCUGGGAGUGAGCAAGGCUGAUGAGAGCAGCCAUGUUGGCCACCUUUCUCUUUCCUCCUCUCUUGUACCAGAACCUAAGGGAGAGCACUGUGCUCAUCCCAGGAGCGUGGGGGAUUGUCUACUAUCCUGUAGAGGCUGGAACUCUGCACCACCUCUCCCUAUCCAGCUCCCAAAUCAGCUUGUCUACCUCCUCUUCCUUGGAGUCCUAGAUAUACCUUUAUUGCAUACCAUAUGGUAAUUCUUAACCCAAGGCAGGAAGUUUUUCGUUUGCCUUGGAUGCGGGGAAAAUGUGUAUUGACUGGAUGAAUUUCUUUAUGUGACUUAUUCAGGCUUCUAGACAGAGAUAAACCAACCUACUUACCCCUGUACCUUUAGAGAUAUUCUUCCUUGGCAACAUCCUGCCAUAGCGUGGGCAGGGAACCUGGACUGGGUGGGUCACACUGUGCUGUGGAGCUGGGCCAGAGGUAAGGAGCAAGGGGCUAGAGCUCAGUGCAUGGGUAGCAAAGCCUGCUUUUCCUUUCUGGCCUCUGUCUGGGUGUGUCUCCAGGAAUUUACUUCUCCCCUCAUGCCAGCUGCUGGCUAGAGCUCUCCUCCUUGCUGCCUCUGUGAUCUCUGUGGGCUGGCCCAGCCUGCUGGGGACUGUGCUGCCAGGCUUUGUUUCUACCCUUUUGGGCCCUGCUUCUGGCCCUGGUGGACAUUGAAGCCAUGCUGAGGGACAUGCUGACACCCAAUAGGGACUGCUCUUCAGACUGGGCGUUCCAGGAAACCCUGGAGGUGACCCCCAAGGGACCUGGGAAGGCCAGGGCAGUCACAAGAUAUGCAUCUGCAAGUCCUUUGCCACAGCAGAGCUCAGGGCCUUGCAUGUAACCACAAUUCCCACCGCACCCACAUCAAAGGUCACUUUCAUAAUCAGUCAUAGCCAAAGGCCACACAUUAAGGGCUGAGCAAGGGAGAAAAGCUGUUUUUAGCGGGAAGCUCUCAAAGGAGAUGGGAAUAUGAGGAGGAGAUGGGGGCUGGCAUCUAGGGAGUGCUGGAGGGGCCACCUGGAGAGCCCGCAUGUGACCUGCCCUGACAGGAGGAAAACAGCCACAGCUCCAGGUCUCCGUCAGCCUUUCCAAGGCCUCUGUCUACCCAGCACUGUUCCCUGCGUCUCAUGGAAAUGCACAUGAAGCAGCCUCAACCUUUCCACCUCCUUGGUUUGUAAAGCAGGUAGUCCAGAGUGGGGGACAGCCAGAGAGGCAGGACCCUCCAGUCCUGGCCCCUGUCCAGAAUGUGGCCCCUAGGGAGCCCCAGCUCGCGGCCAACAGCCCAGGGCCAGACUCCCCUGAGUUUGCAGCAUUUGGUCUCUAAUGGAUGGUACCACCAGCGCCAAGGACAGCAAACGCUCUGUGCAGGGCCCAUCGCACAGCAGGACCAAGAACCCAGACUGGAGCUGCUUCUGAAUCUGCUCUUUUUUGGAAACAACAGGCUUUCCUCGGGGCACAGCCUGUCACUCGCCUGGAAAACGGGUAGGCGUGGGCUUCAGGGUGGGGGUCAGGCUGUGUGUGGGAACCAGCGAGCUCCUCCAAGAGCAGCACUUAUUUUUAGUCUUCUCCCCAGUCCCAAAUAAACUGAGAGCAGCUGGGAGCCCUGGGUAAAUGCAGAGUGAAGCAGAGACAGGAAAUCGGGGCUCUCAGUAAUGAGUUCCAGCCACUCCAGAAGGGGGAAGCCAGACAAGGAAUUUUCUUCAGGACUGUUUCCCUCUGGCAGGCUCCGGUAUUAUCACUGAGAACGGUCCCGUGUGUGUGCGCUUGUGUGUUGUGUGUACAACUCCUGUCCAAGUCUUCUUUUUCCCCUACCUUUGUGUUACAUUUGAUUUCUCCUCAGGGCUCUGAAUCCCAGUCCUGGUGCGUGUGUGUGUGCGUGUAUGUGUGUGUGUGUGUUUGUUGGGGUGGUCGGGGAGGACACUGGAGCAGCGGGCUCUUCUCUGAGUCGCUGUGUGUCUGAAACUGUCUAGGGAGAGGCUGAAGGACGCAGGCCAGGGAAGUGGGGAAAUUUGAACACAGCUUGGAGUUCUUGAGUGGGGGAGGGGGCAGAGGCAAGGAAGAGGAGAGAACUUGGUCUCCAGCCAGAAAAAGGGCUUUUUCCACCAAGGCAUCUAACUGCUGACAUGGGUGCCCAGCAUGGAUGGGGACAUUGAUGUUUACAAGCAUUUCUCGUGGCUGAAGAGGUCCCAGGUAAACCACCACAGUGCUGCUAGUAAUGAAACCUACCAGGAACGCUUGGCACGUCUAGAAGGGGAUAAGGAGUCCCUCAUAUUGCAGGUGAGUGUCCUCACAGACCAAGUAGAAGCCCAGGGAGAGAAGAUUCGAGACCUGGAAGUGUGUCUGGAAGGACACCAGGUGAAACUCAAUGCUGCUGAAGAGAUGCUUCAACAGGAGCUGCUAAGCCGCACAUCUCUUGAGACCCAGAAGCUUGAUCUGAUGACUGAAGUGUCUGAGCUGAAGCUCAAGCUGGUUGGCAUGGAGAAGGAGCAGAGAGAGCAGGAGGAGAAGCAGAGAAAAGCAGAGUCGGUUCUGAAUGUGAUCAGUGAGCUGCAGGAGCAGAUGUGUAGGCUGCAGCUGGACAUCCACAGGCAGAUUCAAGAGCGCCUGUUACACAGUAGGGGCCACCCUGAGGAGGUAGCGGCCAGUGAUGGUGUGGCCGAGUCCCAGUCCUGCGGCCAGGACUGUGCCUGUUGGGAGGGGUCACCUGAGUUACUGCAAGAGCUCAGGCACCUCAAAAUCAAAGUGGAAGAAUUGGAAAAUGAACGGAAUCAGUAUGAAUGGAAGCUAAAGGCCACUAAGGCUGAAGUCGCCCAGCUGCAAGAACAGGUGGCCCUGAAAGAUGCAGAAAUUGAGCGUCUGCACAGCCAGCUCUCCCGGACAGCAGCUCUCCACGGUGACCACACAGAGAGAGACCAAGAAAUUCAACGUCUGAAAAUGGGGAUGGAAACUUUGCUGCUUGCCAAUGAAGAUAAGGACCGUCGGAUAGAGGAGCUUACGGGGCUGUUAAACCAGUACCGGAAGGUAAAGGAGAUUGUGGUGGUCACUCAAGGGCCUUCAGAGAGAACUCUCUCAAUCAAUGAAGAAGAACUGGAGGGAGGUUUCAGAAAGUGGAACACUACAAAUAAGGGCCCUGAAGAAUUAUUUAAACAAGAGAUGCCUCCGAGAUGUAGCUCUCCUACAGUGGGGCCACCUCCAUUGCCACAGAAAUCACUGGAAGCCAGGGCUCAGAAAAAGCUCUCUUGUAGUCUAGAAGACUUGAGAAGUGAAUCUAUGGAUAAGUGUAUGGAUGGGAACCAGCCCUUCCCAGUGGUAGAACCCAAGGACAGCCCUUUCUUGGCAGAGCACAAAUAUCCCACUUUACCUGGGAAGCUUUCAGGACCCACGCCCAAUGGAGAGGCUGCCAAAUCUCCUCCCACUGUCUGCCAGCCUGACGCCACGGGGAGCAGCCUGCUGAGGCUGAAUCGUGGCCGGAGUGUCAGUGCCCCCGUAUUAGGUACUGUACCCAUUCCAGGAGACACAGAAAGUGGCUGGGAUGACACUGCUGUGGUCAAUGACCUCUCAUCCACAUCAUCGGGCACUGAAUCAGGUCCUCAGUCUCCUCUGACACCAGAUGGUAAACGGAAUCCCAAAGGCAUUAAGAAGUUCUGGGGAAAAAUCCGAAGAACUCAGUCAGGAAAUUUCAACACUGACACGCUGGGGAUGGCAGAGUUUCGACGAGGUGGGCUCCGGGCGACCGCAGGGCCAAGACUCUCUAGGACCAGGGACUCCAAGGGACAGAAAAGUGACGCCAAUGCCCCCUUUGCCCAGUGGAGCACAGAGCGUGUGUGUGCAUGGCUGGAGGACUUCGGCCUGGCUCAGUAUGUGAUCUUUGCCAGGCAGUGGGUAUCUUCUGGCCACGCUUUAUUGACAGCCACCCCUCAGGACAUGGAAAAGGAGCUAGGAAUUAAGCACCCUCUCCACAGGAAGAAGCUUGUUUUAGCAGUGAAAGCCAUCAACACCAAACAGGAGGAGAAGUCUGCACUGCUAGACCACAUUUGGGUGACACGGUGGCUUGAUGAUAUUGGCUUACCCCAGUACAAAGACCAGUUUCAUGAAUCUAGAGUUGACGGACGAAUGCUGCAAUACCUAACUGUGAAUGAUUUACUCUUCUUAAAAGUCACCAGCCAACUACAUCAUCUCAGCAUCAAAUGUGCCAUUCACGUGCUGCAUGUCAACAAGUUCAACCCCCACUGCCUGCACCGGCGGCCAGCUGAUGAGAGUAACCUUUCUCCUUCAGAAGUUGUACAGUGGUCCAACCACAGAGUGAUGGAGUGGUUGCGAUCUGUGGACCUGGCAGAGUAUGCACCCAAUCUUCGAGGGAGUGGAGUCCAUGGAGGCCUUAUUAUCCUGGAGCCGCGCUUCACUGGGGACACCCUGGCUAUGCUUCUCAAUAUCCCCCCACAAAAGACGCUCCUCAGGCGCCACCUGACCACCAAGUUCAAUGCCCUGAUUGGUCCAGAGGCUGAACAGGAAAAGCGAGAGAAGAUGGCCUCACCAGCCUACACACCACUGACCACCACAGCCAAAGUCCGGCCAAGGAAACUAGGAUUUUCACACUUUGGAAACAUAAGAAAAAAGAAGUUUGAUGAAUCGACGGACUACAUUUGCCCAAUGGAGCCUAGUGACGGUGUCAGUGACAGUCACAGGGUCUACAGUGGCUACCGGGACCUCAGCCCCCUUGAUGCCCCUGAACUGGAUGGGCUGGACCAGAUGGCACCUUCGGAAGGUACCGUGACGCAAAUAGGGCUCCUCUCCCAAGACAUUCACCGCCUUACGACAAUGCUGAGCCAGGACCAGCUGCUGAAUGACUCUCGCCUGCCUGCCCCCGACUCUGAUGACUGGAGAUGACUUUCUUCAUGGCUGAGAGCGUAGGGAGGCAUGUGUGGGGGCCCAGAGCCUUUGCUUCUGUGGGGAGCUGGCACACAGCCCUCUCUGCAAGCCCAGUCCGGGCUGGCAGGGUGUCUCAGACAGGGUGCCAACAGGCACGAAGCAGAGCUGUGGGACAGGUGUCCAGGGGUGGCCCCAGGGUCCGUGCGUGUCUUCAACCAUGCUGCGCUCUUCACCGCAGGCUUCAUACCUUUUGUACUUUUAUACAUGGUCUGCGGACCACUUUUGUGGGAGGGCAGUGAGAUAUCAGCACGCAGACUAGAUGGCUCAUGCUAUUCCUGGUGACAUCCUGGAGGCUCUCACACCCGAGGAGGAGAGCUGUUAGUUAAUAAAACCUGCUGGAAAAAAAGUUCCGAAAAACUGUUUUGAAUGUUCUGUAGAGACUGCGUUUUGUGAAAUGAUCACCGGGAGCUCCCUCCGGCGCUGCUUCACAGGAGCAUGCUUUUCCAUUCACAGGACUGUGGCCGGGCAAGGCAGGUGUUUAGGGUGUGAGCAGGGAAAGCAAUGAGGCCCCUUUCCCACAGCCCUGCCUGACUCUAUCUCCUGUCAUCUGCAAGGGGUAUCUGUGCAACCUCCCAGCUUGGAGCAGAGGCGUCCCCAACACAUGCACGCCCUGCCCUUUGCCUCCGCCCAAGCUGACACACAGCCUCCCAGGCCUUGCCCUUGGAGCAGCUCAGGCAUAAUGUCUGAUUAAAUAGCUCCCCCAAGUGGAAGGCCCUUGGGCACCUCAAGCUCCGUGUUUCCACCGCAACUCACCAACUUCCCAAACGUGUCCGCUUCCUCUCCACUCUUUAGUCUUUCCUCCCUCCAGGCAUCUGCUCAGGCCCUUCCCUCACUGGGGAAUGCAUUUUUCUCCUAGUCCCCUUCAUGAGGCAAAAUCCUGUCUCCCAAGGUGUGGCAAAGAGACCGUCUCUCAGGAAGCCUUCCCGCAUGAUCCAGUUACAGGUCAGCUGUCCCACAGUACCGUGUCUGCCCUUGAGCCACAGCACAGCUCACCUUGAAGUUUCAUACCCGUCCUCACCACAAACUUGGAGCACCUGCUCUGGGCUGGUUCCUGUACAGACAGUCCUCCAAUUGCCAAGGAGAUCCAUGCUCCUAAGUUCCCCAUCCACCCACUCCUUCACAUGUGUGUGUUAAGUACCUUCCAUGCCAGGGCUACAGAUAUAGGCAUGAAUGCCAAGGUCCCUGCCUGAAGGUGCUUACAGUCUAGUGGAGUACAGACCAGUUUCAAACAAGACUUUGCCAAAGGAUACAGAUGCUCCAAUAUUAGUUUCUGCAGCCUAAAAGAGCAUGUUAUCAUUUUUAAUGGGGGUUUGGGGAAGGAGUCUGAAUAGGUUCCAUGGAAGAGGUGACGCUUGAAUUUGGAAAGAUGAAUCAUAUUUUCCCAGGUAUGCCAGAGGGGAAGGGCAUUCCAGGUAGACAGACUUGAAACAGCGCAGCACAACCUAGGAAUUGCCAAAAGUUGGUAGGCUAAAGCAGGGUUUCCUGGCCUCUGUGCUGCUGUCCCUUUGGGCUGCGUAAUACUCUGUGAUGGAGGCUCUCCUGUCGGUUUUAAGACGUUUAGCAGCAUCCUUGGUCUCUACCCUCUAGAUGCCAAUAAAGGGUAGAUGCACCCCUUCUCUAGUUGACAACCAACAUGUCUUUGGACUUUGUUAUCUGUUCCCUGAGCAGCAAAAUCACCCUUAGUUGAAGAACCACUAGGCGAGAGAAUGGGGUCAGAGUUGGGGGCCCAGGGAAAGGAAAAUCUGACAAAGUCAGCAGGAGCCAAAUCAAGAAAGGCCUUGGGAGCCAGACCCUGGAGUGCGUCCUGGAGAGAAGGGGUGGCCAGAAUGGGGUCUCCCUUGAAAACAGUGAAGGAUCCCCAAGGAGACACUGAACAGGUG